AUGGCAAGUCAAUUCAACUCAUCGGCAUAUUAUCGUCUCUACACUGACGAAUACGGCAUUGGGACACGCCUGAACGAUGGCAUUGGUCCAGACGCGCCCAAUGCUUUGGAGUUGGGUGAAGGAAGCUAUUCUUCAGAGAACUGGCAGGUUUUCUACCAGGAUGAGGUGUACUUCAUUCGCAACUAUGACUAUGGUGCAGAAUACCAGCUUGCCCUGAACUCCAGUGAUACGACACAACCUCAGCUCCUUCCUGCAACGGGCGAUCUCACUCAGCAAUGGAAUAUCACGUCGUGGUCAGAUGGUACUUGGAAGCUGGUGAAUAUCGGUGUCGAACAAGAUCAGUAUCUGAGCGUCACCAACACCACAACGGACAAGAUCAUCCCAGCAAUGAAUACGGAUGAUGAGGGUUCGCGUUGGACCUUUCAAAUCAAUCAUUCCGCUGGGAAUGCGAGCGCCGAAAUGCUGGAACCGUUAUCUUCGGUCGCUACUGUGCAGACAGCCACCAGCAGCACCACAGCAGCAUCGUCGACUGCUACGAAGCAGGCAACACCGAGCUCGACGAGCACUUCGACAAACAAGUCAAAUUCGCUCUCAUCGGGAGCUCUCGCUGGUACCAUCGUCGGCGCCGUGGCAGUGAUCGCAUUUCUUGUCAUCGCCGCGCUGCUGAUGGUAAGAAAACGAUCAAGAGCUAGGAGGAGAAGGACAACAGAGAUACCAGACCCAAUGCUUGAGACGUCCAAGUAUGACGCAUACAGCGCCCCUAUAUCAGAGUUGGCAGCUACGACUUCACCUACUUAUAUUGAAAAGGACGGAAGAGCAACAGGUACUAUAGGUGCUGUCGAGUUGCCCCCUUGA